AUGAGCACGACUCAUUGUCAAGAUUGGGCCAUACUCCUAUAGUUUAUUACUUGUAUUUUUUAAUUUUACACAUUUUAAAUUUAAUGAAACAUUGAAACCUAUAUUUUGUUAUUUAUUUAUUUGUUACUCCGUAUUAUCGUUUCUUUGUUACUUCGUAUAUGCUAACACAAAUCAUCAAGAAAUAUCACAAAAUUUUAAGAAACUGAUACAAUUUUGAAACAAGUGGUUUACUUCAUAAAGUUAUAAAUAUAUCUAGCUACACAAAAAUGAAAUUAAAUUAAAAAAAAAAAAAAAAAAAAACUAAACAAUUCCAAUCUUGUUUAGCCCUAUUCUAAGAUCCUAUCCUAAUUCCUAAACCUAGUUUUAUUCAAGUCUAUACCAAUAUUAAUCACCCAUAAUCCACCAUUAAUAUCAAAAUUUACCCCUUCCAUUAACCGUAACACUCCACCAAAAUUAGCAUAAAAAAAAAAAAAAAAAAUUCCGAAAAUAGCCAUAUCCAAAAGAUUCCAGACUCCCUUCUUCCUUGUCUUGUAACAGUGUACUACCACAACAGUGGUCCAUAUAACGCGCCAUUUUCAGGCGCGUAAAUCUCACGCUUCUCCCGCAUGCUACGAGCUACAAUCCUCUGCAUCACACCUCACAGUAAUUACAGUAGACCACCCUUCUCUAAUUGCCACCUGUCAUCAUAUCAUCAUCAUGAAAUUUCUCUCUCUUCUUUCUCACUCUAGAUCGUUACCAGUAGCUUUCCCGCUUUUUUGAACUGUUCUUUAGGCCGUUAAACCUUCUCUUUCUGUUAGUCAAGAGAGAGGAGAGAGAAAGUGUCAGCUGUUUCUGACACAGCAAUGAUUUUGUACAGAUUUUUUGAACUUGGGUAUAUAAAUUUGGGUGGUUAAUUUUUCUGGGGUGAGAGAAAUUUUUGGUUUUUACUUGGAGUAGAAGGUUUUUAGUAGAGAGCUAAGAGUUGCAUACCAAGUGUUUGAUGAAAUGUGUCACUUAGAAACUGCAUUAGAGUGGUUAAGACCUUUGGUUUUUGAUUCAGGAAUUUGGGAUUAUUGUGUUCUUUGGAAGCUUGGUGAUGAUCCUUCUAGGUUUAUUGAGUUUCUAGGUUGCUGCUGCAAUGGUGGUGGGAGACAGGAGAUGGGUUUGAGAAAGAGGAAAAGAGAGAAGAACAAUUCAAUGCAAUUUUGUAAAGAUGUUAAUUAUGUUCAUCUGGCUAAUACAAAUUCAUGUCAAGUUCUUGCUAAUUUGCCUCCAUUUAUGUCUAUUUAUUCUGGGCUUCAUGGAGAAGUUGUGCUUUCCUGUCAACCCCGGUGGCUUACUAGUAAGAAAUCGGAUUUGAAGAUGUCAACCGAGGAAUCCUGUGGAACUCAUGUUUUGAUACCUAUGUUCGGUGGGCUGGUAGAGCUAUAUUCAUCAAAGCAUGUAGAAGAGGAUGAAAGUGUAAUAGAAUAUGUGAAGAGUCAGUUCAACAUCUAUUCAGAGCUAGAAACUAUGUCGACUUCUACUAUAAGCUUUGAUGGGCAGUUCAUUGAUCCAUUUUUGGAUAUAAAAUCAAAUAGUGGUCUAUCAUCUCUAAAUCAACCCAACAUCCCAGCUUGGCCUCAACCCAGCAUGCUCCCAUCAGUAGCCCAACGCUACAGCAAUUCUACCUUAGAUGGAUCCUCUACUGGUUCAUUCCCUUCAGAUGAGCGCCCUUCUCCUGAUUCCAACCCUUGUUCCGUGUCUCAAGAUAUACCGUCCAAGCCACUUAUGGUCUGUCACAAAGAUCCUGCCAUCGUACAGGAGAAACAUGGCCUAGAGAGAGGAACUGGAAAAUCAAAAAAUCUUUUAACUGAGAGGAAUAGGAGACAGAGGAUUAAUGAUGGCAUUCUUUCCCUUCGUGCUCUGGUCCCAAAGAUCACCAAGAUGCACAAAGCCGCUACUCUGUCAGAUGCAAUUGAUUACAUAGAAGAGCUAAAUAAUGAGAUCAAGGAGCUCCAGGAUGAGCUGAAAAGUUUGAUUGAAGAAGACUCUGAUGAAAAACAUACAUUGAAGCUGAAAGCCGAUUUGGGAGAAAAGGUUAGCAAGCCUAAACAAGCUUCCUCUGUCGCUGAAAGAAUAAAGGCUAAUGUACAAGCGAACCAGCUUGGUAAUGGGAGCUUCUUGCUGAGAAUCAUAUGCCAGCAGAAACCCGGUGUGUAUACAAAGUUGCUGGAAGCUUUAAGUGCUUUGGGUUUGCCAAUAAAAGAUGCCAAUCUCACAACGUGUGAUGGCCAAGUAUCAACCAAUUUUACAGUUCAGUCAAACAAAAAAGAGAUUCGUGAGGAGGACUUGAGAGACUCAUUAUCAAGGCUGACGGCUUAAAAUUCGAUCUCCUCAAGUCACAAGAAGAUUAACAGCAUUAAUACAAUCAGCCAAGUUUGCUCCUUGUGACUUGAUAGAUGUCAUUUAACUUAGGUACUCAGUAGGCAGCUAGCCUUAAGUUUGUAGAAGGAGCUUCAGUUAACUAGCCUAAGCACUGUAUAUAUUGGCUGUCAUUUGUUCACUACCUACUAGUCCAUGGUACAAUUGUUAGUUUGUUAGUUACUCCUUACCAAAGUUUUGGUUGUGCUCAAUUCUUUUACUACGUAAUUUUUUUGGGGUUU